CCCCCCCCCCAAGAAGAAAAGAAAGAAACACUCUCACACAGCCAUUGUUCCCAAAUCGAAGAAGAAGAAGAAGACCAAACGGUUUGGUAAUGAGAUAAAGCUUUGAACACUUUAACAGCUAAAGCUUUCUGGGUCUAACGUUCUUCCUCGUCUAGCAAGGAAAACUCUCUGCUUUUGUCAAAAACAAAAAAAAAAGGUUCCGAGUUUGAGAGAUGACGUCACCAAGUUUGCUACUUGAGGCUCACUUCUUGCACAUUCCAAAGCAGGCGAGUCUCAGUCUCAGUCAUGGAGAUUGGAAGAAAGAGAUUGGUUUGAGAAGUGAUGUUUAUCAUAUGAGAUGCCCUGCCUUGCAGAGUAGUACUAGUCUCUGCAUCCAACCUGUUGAUGAUCUUUCCGAGAGAAGAACGGUUCUCUCAUCAGACGGACCAAUCACGGAGAACAAACAAGACGCGAACAACGACAUCCUCCACAGCCUCUGCAGCUACGGGAAGCUAACAGACGCCUCCAAACUCGUCGAGGUCAUGGCUCGUCACAACCAACUCCCUCAUUUCCCUUCCUGCACCAACCUAGUCCGCGGCCUAGCAAGAAUCGACCAAACCGACAAAGCAAUAUGCAUACUAAAAAUCAUGGUGAUGUCCGGUGGAGUUCCGGACACCAUCACCUACAACAUGGUCAUCGGAAACCUCUGCAAGAGAAAUGAUCUGAGAUCCGCUCUGCUCCUAUUACAAGACAUGAGCUCGAGCGGGACCUCUCCUGACGUGAUCACUUACAACACGUUGAUCCGCUGCAUGUUCGACAACGGUGAAUACGAGGAAGCUAUCGGGUUUUGGAAACACCAGCUGAGGAGCGGCUGUCCUCCUUACAUGAUAACCUUCACUGUCCUUGUGGAGCUCGUGUGCAGGUACUGCGGAAGCGCUAGAGCCAUGGAGGUGUUGGAAGACAUGGCGGUGGAAGGUUGUUACCCCGACAUCGUCACGUAUAACUCUCUUGUCAACUUUAACUGCAGGCGAGGGACUCUAGAGGACGUGGCGUUGGUGAUUCAGCACAUCGUCUCUCACGGAGUUGAGCUCAACACCGUCACUUACAACACGCUUCUGCACUCUCUCUGCUCUCGUGGAUACUGGGACGAGGUCGAUGAGAUUCUGAGCAUCAUGUGCGAGACUUGUUACUCUCCCACGGUUAUCACUUACAACAUUCUGAUCAACGGUUUGUGCAAGGCGGGGCUUCUGAGCCGUGCGAUCGAUUUCUACUACCGGAUGGUGGAGCAGAGGUGUUCGCCUGAUAUCGUCACUUACAAUACUAUUCUUGGAGCAAUGUCUAAAGAAGGGAUGGUCAAGGAGGCGAUGGUGCUGCUUGGUUUGCUGAGGAAGACUAGGUGUUGUUCUCCGGGGUUGAUCACUUACAACUCUGUGAUCGAUGGGUUGGCUAGGAAAGGUAUGAUGGAGAAAGCCUUGGAGAUGUACGAUCAGAUGGUGGAGGCUGGAGUCUCUCCUGAUGAUAUAACGCGCCGGUCUUUGAUCUACGGUUUCUGCAGGGCGAACCUGGUUGAAGAAGCGAGUCAGGUUUUGAAGGAGACGAGUGAUAGAGGGAAUGGGAUCAGAGGGAGUACUUAUAGGUUGGUGAUCCAGGGGCUGUGCAAGAAGGGAGAGAUGGAGAUGGCUGUGAAGGUUGUUGAGAUAAUGCUGACUAGUGGAUGUAAGCCUGAUGAGAGUGUAUAUGCUGCGAUUGUUAGAGGUGUGGAGGAGAUGGGGAUGGGAAGUGAGGCUGGUGAGUUGCGGAAGAAGCUUAGGGAGUGGAAACUAUUGAGAGAAACGUAGAAAAAUGUGGUUCAGAGGCUUUUCUUUUUGUUUUGUUGGUUGCUUUGGUGUACAGGAAACAAGUUUUGUUAAGUUUGAAAUGGUUUUGGAAUUAGAGAUAGCUUAUGUCUUCUCCAAUAGCUCUAGUUAUGUUCCAGUGUCUUGUUAUGGUUCUGGUCACUCUUUUGCGUUUCCUUUUCUUAACUGUAUGAUCUGCAGCUUCAGGUUUCAAGUUUUAUGUCAACUA